UUCUCUAUGUUUAAAUUUCACAUGUUUGUGUUGGAGGCAGAGCACACUGAAAACUUGGUGCUAGUAGUUUCCUCUCAAAAUGGUGGUAGUAGAAAACACAAAGCAAUUAGAGGAAGGUAAUGAUUCCACUUAUGAUAGAAAAGCUGAAGUGAAAGCCUUUGAUGAUUCAAAAGCAGGUGUAAGAGGUCUCAUAGAAUCUGGAGUCACAAAAAUUCCACGCAUGUUCUAUUCUAAUGAAUCAAACAUCACUAAUAAUUUGUCAUCUAACACUGUUCCUAUCAUAGACCUCAAAGACAUACACAAAAAUAUCAAUUUAACACUUGGUGAAGAAGUGAUUAGCCAAAUUCGAAGUGCAUGCAAGGAGUGGGGAUUUUUCCAAGUGAUUAAUCAUGGAAUUCCCAUUCAUGUAUUGGAUGAGAUGAGGGAUGGAAUUCGUAGGUUUCAUGAGCAAGAUGUUGAUGUAAGGAAACAAUUUUACACUCGUGAUUUGAAAAAGAAAAUUCUUUAUUGUUCCAAUACUAGUUUGUUUAGAGAUAAAUAUGCUAAUUGGAGAGACACUAUUGGAUGUUCCAUGGCUCCUAAUCCCCCCAAUUCUGAAGAAUUGCCUCAAGUAUUUAGAGACAUUAUAAUCGAAUAUUCGAAGAAAAUAAUGGAACUGGGAAGUACAAUUUUAGAGUUAUUGUCAAUGGCUCUUGGCUUAGAUCCAUCUUACCUUAAAGAAUUGAAUUGUCUAGAAGGACUUUUUAUUCAGGGCCAUUACUAUCCACCAUGCCCUGAACCAGAAUUAACUAUGGGCACUACUAAGCACACAGAUUCUGAUUUCAUGACAAUAGUUCUACAAGACCAAAUUGGUGGUCUUCAAGUUCUUCAUGAGAAUCAAUGGUUUAAUGUUCCUCCUGUCCAUGGAGCUCUUGUUGUCAACAUAGGAGAUCUUCUACAACUUAUAUCGAAUGACAAUUUCGUAAGUGUUUAUCAUCGAGUCUUAUCAAAUCACAAAGGGCCAAGAGUUUCUGUUGCCAGCUUCUUUCUAAAUUCUUAUGACCCAAGUGAAGGGUCAUCAAAGGUAUAUAGUCCUAUUAAGGAAUUGUUGUCACAAGAAAAUCCACAAAUCUAUAGGGAAACAAGCAUAUCUGAAUUCAUUGGGCAUCAUUAUGAGAAGGGGCUUGAUGGAAACUCUGCUUUGGAGCCUUUCAAGUUGUGAAAUGAAAUGAACAAAUUUAGAUCUCAAAAAUUAAACUUUGAUAAAAUUGACUCUCUUGAUUCUCAUCCUGGAAAUUGAAGUAAUGCAGUAUUAUUAGUUGUGCCUCUUAGCUGUUUUAUUAUGUAGUAAUAAUUUUCUAUAAUAAAGUUUAUGUAGCACAACCUUAUUUGGAUAUGUGUUGACAUAUAUGUAGUUGUAGUUUUGGUCAACAUUUAAUAAGGUUAUCAAUAAAGUUAUGGAAGACCUGCCAAAGUUAGGAUUACAUAUUUAAA